AAACAGUAUCACCACCGGGGCCGAACCAAGCCUUCUUUCUUGUUAAUGCCAACAAGAAAUUCUCUUCGUUUACACCUUCUUCUUCUUCUUCUUCUAUGCUUAAACUACUUCGACUCUCUUCUUCUCUUCUAGCCCGUCACUCUCUUAGCACAACAAGUAAUUUAUCUUCCUCGUUAAGAAGAGCAACAAAGUACCGCAACCGUCCUUGUUGCUCGGCCUUUGUUGGUCGUUUUCACACGCACAAGGUGUUGGCCAUGGCUGAAACUACGCCUUCAUCUUCGUCUUCUCACAAGCAUUCUAAUCGUCUCUCAGAUGAGCACAGUCCAUAUCUCCUUCAACACGCCCAUAACCCUGUCAAUUGGUACUCAUGGGGCGAAGAAGCAUUCGCUGAAGCACGUAGACGAGACGUCCCAAUUUUCUUAUCAAUUGGAUACAGCACUUGUCAUUGGUGUCAUGUUAUGAAGGUGGAGUCUUUUGAGGAUGAAGAGGUCGCUGAAUUGUUGAAUGACUCGUUUGUCAGUGUGAAGGUGGAUAGAGAGGAACGACCUGAUGUUGACAAGGUCUAUAUGACAUUUGUACAGGCAUUGUAUGGUGGAGGAGGGUGGCCACUCAGUGUCUUCAUUUCACCUGAUCUGAAACCUUUGAUGGGUGGAACUUACUUCCCCCCAGAUGAUAAGUAUGGAAGACCAGGAUUUAAGACCAUACUUAGAAAGGUAACGGAUGCUUGGUUCAGUCAGAGGGAUACGCUUGUGAAGAGUGGAGCCUUUGCUAUUGAACAGCUGUCAGAAGCAUUGUCAGCAAGUGCAAGUUCAAAGAAAUUGCCAGAUGAACUUUCACAAAAUGCAUUGCAUCUGUGUGCAGAACAACUUUCUCAAAGCUAUGAUUCACAAUAUGGAGGGUUUGGAUCUGCUCCAAAGUUUCCUAGACCGGUUGAGAUCCAAUUGAUGCUUUACCAUGCAAAAAAAUUGGAUGAUGCUGGAAAUUACAGUGAAUCAAAGAAAGGUCUGCAGAUGGUUUUCUUUACCUUGCAAUGCAUGGCAAGGGGAGGCAUUCAUGAUCAUAUUGGAGGUGGUUUCCACAGAUAUAGUGUGGAUGAAUGCUGGCAUGUUCCUCAUUUUGAGAAAAUGUUGUAUGAUCAAGGCCAACUUGUUAAUGUUUACUUGGAUGCCUUUUCCAUUACCAAUGAUGUCUUCUAUUCAAGUCUAUCCCGUGAUAUUCUUGAUUAUUUGAGGAGAGACAUGAUUGGACCAGAAGGUGAAAUAUUUUCAGCAGAGGAUGCUGAUAGUGCUGAGCGUGAAGGUGCCAAUAAGAAAAAGGAAGGAGCCUUUUACAUAUGGACCAGUCAAGAGGUUUCUUAUCAUCAUCAUUUUGGUCUUCAUUUCAUUUGGAUCGGUUUGAUUUCUCAUCAUAUUGAUGACAUCCUUGGAGAGCAUGCAACUCUUUUUAAGGACCACUAUUAUGUAAAGCCUCUGGGGAACUGUGACCUUUCUAGAAUGAGUGAUCCACACGAUGAAUUUAAGGGGAAAAAUGUGCUCAUUGAAUUAACUGAUACUUCAGCACUGGCAAAAAAAUAUGGCCUGCCUCUUGAAAAAUAUCUUGAUAUUCUGGGUGAGUGCAGGCAAAAGCUUUUUGAUGCAAGAUCCAGAGGACCAAGGCCACAUUUAGAUGAUAAGGUAAUUGUCUCAUGGAAUGGACUUGCAAUUUCAUCUCUUGCAAGAGCUUCCAAAAUCCUUAUGGGCGAAGCAGAGGGCACAAAAUACAACUUCCCUGUUGUUGGUUGUGAUCCCAAGGAAUACAUGACUGCUGCGGAGAAGGCAGCGUCUUUCAUCAGAAGGCAUCUUUAUAAUGAACAAGCUCGCAGGCUAGAGCACAGCUUUAGGAAUGGUCCGUCUAAGGCACCUGGAUUUUUAGAUGAUUAUGCAUUUCUAAUUUCUGGGUUGCUGGAUCUUUAUGAGGUGGGUGGCGGGAUCCAUUGGCUAGUGUGGGCAACCGAACUACAGAAUAAACAGGAUGAAUUAUUUCUCGACAGAGAGGGGGGAGGCUAUUUUAAUACCCCAGGAGAAGAUCCUUCAGUUCUCCUACGAGUGAAGGAAGACCAUGAUGGUGCUGAGCCCUCAGGAAAUUCAGUUUCGGCAAUAAAUCUCAUAAGAUUGGCCUCUAUGAUGACUGGCAGUAAGUCUGAGUAUUACAGGCAGAAUGCUGAGCAUCUUCUGGCAGUUUUUGAGUCCAGAUUGAAGGACAUGGCUAUGGCAGUACCUCUGAUGUGCUGUGCGGCUGACAUGAUCUCUUUGCCUUCCCACAAGCAAGUUGUCUUAGUUGGCCACAAAUCAUCCUUGGAAUUCGAUAAGAUGCUUGCUGCUGCUCAUGCAUCAUAUGAUCCCAAUAGAACAGUGAUUCAUAUAGAUCCUACCGACAAUGAAGAAAUGGAGAUUUGGGAGGACAAUAAUAGCAAUAUAGCUCUCAUGGCAAGGAAUAAUUUUGCUGCAGAUAAAGUAGUUGCUCUCGUCUGUCAAAAUUUCACAUGCAGUCCCCCAGUCACGGAUCCCAAGUCUCUUAAAGCAUUGCUUCUCAAGAAAUCUUCCUGAGGUGUAAAUCUCGGUCAGUGAAGACUUUCAAAGUGUUAAUUGUAUGUGAUGUAUAAGACAUACCUUAGUGCUGUAACCAGGUUGGUGAGCUGUGUCACGAUCAAAUGUUUUUCAACAAAGAAAAAGAAAAAAAGUUUGGGUGCUAUAGAAGAAGCAAUAGAAAUUC